CUCAAUCCCAGUGUAAGUGUAUUUCAGAGAAAAUUUGUGGGUGAAGUGAAGAAGUGUGAAGAAAUGGAGAGGAUACUUGGAUUUCUAGUGCAAGAAAUUAAGAAAGCUGAUAUUCCUCUUCCUGAAGGAGAUACUGCCCCUGCUGCCCCUCAACUUAAACACAUUUUAGAAAUCCAGGAACAGUUGCAGAAACUAGAGACAGAAUUAAGGGAAGUGACUAAAAACAAAGAAAAGUUGAAGAAAAACCUGCUUGAGUUGACAGAAUAUACACACAUGUUGCGAGUCACACAAGCCUUUGUCAAAAGAGCUGUUGAGUAUGAAUCCUGUUUACAUACCAAUUAUGAGGAAUUUCCGUCUUUAGAAAAUGAUCCUUUGAUGGACUACACUUGUAUGCAUAGGCUGGGUGCCAAACUGGGAUUUGUAUCUGGUUUAGUUCACCAAGCAAAAAUUGAAGCAUUUGAAAAAAUGCUAUGGAGAGUCUGCAAAGGAUAUACCAUUCUUACUUAUGCAGAGCUGGAUGAUUGUCUGGAAGAUCCAGAUACAGGUGAAAUCACAAAAUGGUUUGUGUUUCUAAUAUCCUUUUGGGGUGAACAGAUUGGCCAGAAAGUUAAGAAGAUAUGUGACUGCUAUCAUUGUCAUGUAUAUCCCUAUCCCAAUACCACUGAGGAACGCAGAGAAGUUAUUGAAGGACUAAACGUUCGCAUUCAGGAUCUUCAUGUUGUACUGCGUAAAACUGAGGAUUACUUACGACAAGUGUUAUGUAAAGCAUCUGAAUCCAUUUAUACUUGGGUUAUACAAGUAAAGAAGAUGAAAGCCAUUUAUCAUGUACUAAACCAGUGCAGUUUUGAUGUCACAAAUAAAUGUUUAAUUGCUGAAGUUUGGUGCCCAGAAGCUGAUCUGCAAACCUUGCGGCGAGCACUUGAGGAAGGAUCAAGAAAGAGUGGAGCUGCAGUCUCUUCAUUCAUGAAUACCAUACCAACAACAGAAACACCUCCAACUUUAAUACGUACCAAUAAAUUCACUUCAGGGUUCCAAAACAUUGUUGAUGCUUAUGGAGUUGGGAACUAUAGAGAAGUUAAUCCAGCUCUCUACACCAUCAUUACCUUCCCUUUCUUAUUCGCUGUUAUGUUUGGAGACUUUGGACAUGGUCUUCUAAUGUUUAUUUUUGCCCUCAUGAUGGUGCUUUAUGAAAACCACCCGAGACUACAACGAUCACAAGAUGAGAUCAUGAAAACAUUUUUUGAAGGGAGAUACAUAAUUUUAUUGAUGGGUCUGUUUUCUGUAUACACCGGCUUGAUUUAUAAUGACUGUUUUUCAAAGUCAUUAAAUAUAUUUGGUUCUGGAUGGAACAUUUUGGCAAUGUUUGAACAAAGAAUCUGGCAUCUUGAUGAUUUGAAGUCUAAUCGAUAUUUGUCAUUGGAUCCAAAUAUUACUGGAGUGUUCAGUGGAAUUUAUCCUCUUGGAAUAGAUCCGAUCUGGAACCUGGCAAACAACCGUCUCAGUUUUUUAAAUUCUUUCAAAAUGAAAAUGUCAGUGAUUUUUGGAGUGACUCACAUGACUUUUGGAGUUGUUCUGGGAGUCUUUAACCACUUGUAUUUCAGGAAGAAGCACAAUAUUUAUUUGGUUUUCCUUCCUGAACUUUUUUUUAUGCUGUGCAUCUUUGGGUAUCUUGUAUUUAUGAUAAUCUUUAAAUGGCUAGCUUAUAAUGCAGAAAACUCCAGAACGGCUCCAAGCAUUCUGAUUCAAUUUAUUACCAUGUUUCUAUUUCCCACUAGUGGAAAGGACACUCUUUAUACAGGACAGGUUAUUUUACAGAGAUUUUUAUUUAUUAUUGCUUUGCUUUCUGUUCCGGUAAUGCUUUUUGGAAAACCGCUUUAUUUGUAUUGGCUGCACAAUGGAGGCCGAGGCAUUGGAAUAUACAGGAAUGGCUACAGAUUGGUUCGAAAAGAAAGCGAAGAGGAACUUUCUCUGUUGAGAGCACAUGAUGUGGAAGAAGGAAGCAGCCCUUCAGAAAGCAGGCACCAAGAAGGGACUGUAGAAGAGUUUAACUUUGCAGAUGUUUUUAUGAAUCAGACUAUUCAUACCAUUGAAUACUGUCUAGGAUGCAUCUCCAACACAGCUUCAUAUCUGAGACUCUGGGCACUAAGUCUUGCUCAUGCACAGUUAUCAGAAGUGCUGUGGGCAAUGAUAAUGAGAGUGGGUCUUCGUGUGGAUGCAGCAUAUGGAAUCUUGCUGUUAGUUCCAGUUUUAGCCUUUUUUGCUGUGUUAACAGUAUUCAUUCUUUUGGUUAUGGAAGGUCUGUCUGCUUUUCUUCAUGCUGUACGACUUCAUUGGGUGGAAUUUCAAAACAAGUUCUACACUGGUGGAGGAUACAAGUUUACUCCUUUUUCUUUUAAACACAUUUUUUUACAUUUUAAUAAAGAUGAUAUUGCAUAAUUUUGUUGGCAUAAGCAAAGAUGUUCCAAGUUGUCUGCAAAUCAUGUAAUUAGAUCUCAUUGAUGUACAGUUUCUAGAAAAAAGUGUUUCACUGAUUGCCUUAUAAUGUGGCCAAAUAAUUCUGUAAUAUAUACCUCCUUCAUACAUAUACGUUGCAGAUCUGGAGCCUCUUGUAAUAUGUAAUAUAUACAAACACACAGAAUUUUUUUUAUGUUAAACUAAUGUAAAUUAAUUUUAAGAUAAUUCUAAAAAAUCUUGUAUUGCUUGUUCUAAAAGAGAAAAUAUAUUUGAUUUCCUUAAAUUACCUUAAAGACCUUAAUUUCCUUUUCAUCAUAUAAAAUACACAACUACUCAUAUGAUCAAACCUCCAUUAUUUAAAUUACCAUCUAAUGGAAAUUGGAAGCAGUGAAGAUUAAAUAGUAUAUGUUUUCAGUAGUUAUUCCCAAGAGAUUACCAAAAUAGUAUACAUUUGUAAAAACUAAUAUAAAAUACUCCCUUUUUAGCUGUUUUUAAAAGUACACCAAGAUUUUUUUUUAAACUCAUGUCCAAUUUGCCCAAAAUUAUUACUUUAAUCUUUGCAAGUAUGCAUCCUGAAGCUUCAUUGGAUAAAAGAAAAAUUAAGGGCAGGGAGAGGAAGCCAAACUAUGAUUCUUUUAUCUCAUUCCAUGGAGGCCUUUAAUUUUAUGCCCCAGUUUUGCUACAUGAUCUGUGUGGGGUGGACUCCUUUAUGUGUGUGGAACUCCACUGUCUUCAUUGGACACAGGGAUUGCUAAUACAGGCCAUCUUGAAGAAUCAGGGCCUUCAUGAUAUCUUUAACCGGCAGCUUAAAUUGUACAACAGAAUAUGUCAUGUCCUGAUCGUAUAGUCCUUUCACAUGCAAAGUUCCUAUAAAUGGAAAUUAUAUUUUAUGAUGAGUUCAUAAUCAGGCCUUAAAUUUAUUCUGUAUAUAUUUGGCUGUAAAGAUAUUAAUGGAUAUAGGAUGACUGGAUGGUUGGUUUAUUGGGUGGUGUUAUUGAACCAAAGUUGUGUAUACCGAGUUAAGAAAAUUUACUUAAAAGGUUAUAUGUGAAUAGAUGAGUGGAUGUUUUUGUAUUUUUAUAUCAAAAUGAAAAUUAAGGAUAUUUUACCUUAAUAAUUUGAAAUCUGUACCAUAAGAACAACAUAAGUUAGCUUUUACAUUUUUCUUUCAUACUACUUCCAAAUAAAAACUAAUUGUCAUUUGCACAAA